CUCUCUCUCUCUCUCUCUCUCUCUCUCUUCCAUUUCCUUUCUAUGCACUUUCUGGAUUUCAUUUUUUUUUUAAUUAUUUUUUGAAAUUUCUUUUAUGAUUUUUUUUUUUGUUCUUUGACAACACACAUGCUUCCCUUUUCCCUUCUCUCUCUCUCUCAUCUCUAUCUACCGUUCACUCACUCUCUCUUUCUUGAGCAUGUUUGUUUGUUGAUGAAGAUUUAUGAGUCUUUAGCUCUUACCCUUUAAGCUCUCUUGCUGCUCUUCACCCUUCCUUCUUCCUCCUUCAGGCUUUAAAGCAUAAAUCAACAAAACCUCUUUCAAAGCUUUUUAUCUAUUCUUGUAACAAAACCAAAUCUCUCCCUCACAUAUGAUCUUUCUCAAGGAGAAGAGAAAAGAUUAAAGGCCCACUUGACUACCAUAUACUCUUUUUUCUUCUCAUUUUCUUGCUUCCAAGUUAGAUUAGCCAAAAAAAAAAAAAAAAAGAAAGCAAUUAUUUGAUAAAAGAAACCAAGUGAAAAUGCCAUUAGAAGGGGUUUUCAUUGAACCCUCUUCAAACCCGCUUCCUGAUCUUUCUUUACAUAUCAGUCCACCCAAUACCUCACCUUCUUCAGUAUCCAACACCAUCAACAAUAUUAAAGCAGAUACAAGUUUCAAUCUUUUGAUGAGUAGACAAGAAGGCAUCCGCAAAUCCAACACUAUUAGCUCCAUGAGGACUAGUGAUUCUCAAGUUUAUAGCACUGAGCUCUCUCUAGCACACCCAGCAAAUGCCCUCGAUGAAGAAACCAGAAACAGAAGCAAUUUCACAGGUGCUGGAGCUGAAGAACCACCACACAACCGUUAUCAACAAAGUUACCACCACCAUCAUCAACAUCUACAUCAUUCCAGCACUCACUUAAGUAACAUAAAUCAGGGGGUUUCUCGACUUGAUGUAUCGGAUGGUUUGAGGCCGAUAAAAGGUAUUCCAGUCUAUCACAACCGUUCAUUUCCUUUUCUUCCUUCAGAGCAGUCAAGAGCGAAUAAAGAUCCCAAGAUGUGCUUCUACCAAAUGCCCUAUCCCUCUUCCUCUUUGUGUUCUCCCGUUUCUGCUCACACUUCUUCACCUUAUUAUAUUGGAGGAGGAGGAGGUUUGGAUCCCAUGUCCAUGCGUAACUCAUUGGGGCCUAAUCAAUCUCCUCCUGUUUACAAUCGGUUAGCACCAGCUACAAGGUUUAAUGGGUUUUCAAUGGAUGCUUUCAAAUCCAACCAACUGCACCACCACCACCAUCAGUAUGGAGUUGGAUCCGGCGAGGUUUCUCAUGGGUUGAUUAGAUCAAGAUUCUUGCCUAAACUUCCCACAAAGAGGAGCAUGAGAGCACCUAGAAUGAGAUGGACUAGCACUCUUCAUGCUCGAUUUGUACAUGCCGUUGAGCUUCUUGGGGGCCAUGAAAGAGCUACUCCAAAGUCAGUUCUUGAGCUCAUGGAUGUCAAAGAUCUAACAUUAGCUCAUGUGAAGAGCCAUUUACAGAUGUAUAGAACUGUCAAGACCACUGACAAGCCUGCAGCCUCCUCAGAUGGAUCUGGAGAAGAAGACAUAUCCCCAGUGGGCAAUGCAGGUGACCGAGGCCUACGGCGAUUUACUGAUCAGAGAAGACCUUCAGAUGAGUCACUAGGGCAACAAGAAAUGGACUAUCCUUCUACUGCUACUACUCUCUGGAGUAAUUCUUCAAGUAGAGAAACCUGGCCACAGGCAAACUCCAAUGACAUGGAUGGGCACAGAGAAGCAACAUUCCAGUCACAACAAAAAUCUGGACACCCCAUUGAGGAAUGCAAUUCAACUGGGCUGAAAGGCUACUUAGGGUCUAAUUUGGAUUGCAAGAACCCAAGCUUGGAAUUCACAUUAGGCAGACCAGAUUGGCAACGAAACGAACAUAACUGAUAUAAUUUUGCUAUAUAUAUCUUUCUUGUCUAGUUCUUUUUAUUGAAAUUUCCUUGACUAUUUCAUUAGUCUUCAAGAAUGAGAAGGCAUAGAGUUAUAUAUAAAUUAUUGUUGACAAGCAGGAAGGAGGAGGAGGAGGGUGGGUUAAUUUCUUUCUAGUUUCACAGCAUUUUAUGGGUUUUUUUUUUUUUUUUUAAACAUGUUUUUUCAAAGUUUUGCACGUGGCUAGCUAGCUAGCUAGCAAGAAAGAGCUGUAAUGGAAAACAAAACAUGAAAGCAGGAAACCUUGAUUCUGCAGUUUGUUGAAGAAGGGUAUAGUCAUCAUCGUUCAACUGUAGCUAUAUCUGAGGACAAAGUUGCACCAUAGUUAGGGUUUCUGCUAUUUUCGUUCUGUGUUUGUCUACUUUGUAAUUUACUUGUAAAGCUUAAAUUUGCUAAUGAAACCGGCAAUCAUUUUGAUUUAGGAGAAAAUCCCAUUUUUUUU